AUGUUUAAUUCAUUUCAAGUCUCAAGUUUAGUGCUUUUGGGAUUGAUCUGUUUAGGAGAAGCAUGGUUUAAUGAUCCACUUGAAUUUCGUUUUAGUUCAAAUGGUGUUAUUCAAGGUUGGUAUUGUGUUCGUGUUGAUAUGCUUAAUCCAUCAGGUUGGCAUGAUAAUUAUAUUUGUACCAAUAAACCAUUACCUUUGAGUUUUCGAUCACGUGGUACUGAUUGUAAUCGUUUUAACGGAGAAAAAUGUGUGCAUAUGGUUGAACCUUCAGAUCCAUCUUGGUCCGAGAAUGAACUAUGCUUAGCAAGUGGUACACCUGUUGAACUCGUCUGGUCUUGGUGUGGCACUGUAGAUGGAAUGAAAUGUGUACUACUCUACGAACCUGGCAGUAAUUGGAUCUAUGAUGAUAAUUACUUAUGUUGGAGAGAGUAUUAA